AUGGACGUGCGAGGAUCCUCGGAGAGCGACGACGUCGACGACGAGACGCACGUCGCGGCGCAUCACGCGGAGGCGUCGUACGCGUCGUUUUGUAACGCGGCGAUCCUGAACGCGGCGCGUCGAGCGGAACUGUGGACGGAUUCGAAGAGUUUCGUGGACACGCGGGCGCGGAGUCCGCCGGCGACGCUCAUUCGGGCGCUCGCGGGGUCGAGGGCGGCGACGUGCGCGAAAGCGGCGAGGGCGUUCUUGAAUGAACACUUUGAGAGUGGACCGAGAGAUCGGACGCGGACGCCGGAGUUGAGCGAUUGGCGGGAAGAUGUGGGAAUGACGAGGGAAGCCGCGUGCGCGGAGAGCCGGGCGUUCGCGACGCACGUUCACGGGUUGUGGAGGGUGCUGGCGAGGUUAGACGCGGAUGAUGAGGAGGAGGCGGAGACGGAGACGCCGAUCGCGAUCGUGAGCGGUGAUGGGUUGAGUUCUCCGGAGAAGGCGGAGGCGGCGAGAGCGGACGAGACGGUGAAGCGGACGACGAGUUCGAGAAUCCGUUUGCCGUUUCCCGCCGUCGUGCCGGGCGAGCGGUUUCGGGAGACGUACUACUGGGACACGUACUGGAUCGUCUUGGGAUUGCUCGCGAGCGAGAUGCACGCCACUGCGAAAGGUGUGACAAAUAAUUUGUUGCACAUGGUGAACACGUACGGGUUCGUCCCGAACGGCGCUCGCGUGUACUACUUGAACCGCUCUCAACCGCCAUUGCUGACGUCGUGCGUGGCCGUCGUGUACGACGCGACGAAAGAUCUCGCGUGGUUGCGACAAUCGCUUCCGAUGCUCGUGCAAGAGUACGCGUAUCUCACUCGACCGGAGAGAAUCAUUAACGUUCGUGAUCCGGAGACCGGGGAGAUUCACGCGCUCGCGCGGUACUUCGCGAACACCACGCGUCCGAGGCCCGAGAGUUACAGAGAAGACGUCGAGCUGGCGCGACGCGCGACGAAGAACAUCCGAGAUGGCGUCGAAAAGCUCGAGGCGAAGCGAACGAUUUAUCGUCACCUCGCGAGCGCGGCGGAGAGCGGGUACGAUUUCAGCUCGAGAUGGUUCCUCGACGGCGACACUCUGGAGACGAUUCGCACGUGCGACAUUAUUCCCGCCGACUUGAACGGUUUCAUGCUUCGUGUUGAGUCAGAAAUUGUCUAUCUCGCGCGCGAAAUCCUGGUCACGAUCAAACCCGAGGAUGAGCUCUACGCCGAGCGACUGUACUUGACGCAGGUUCUCGAAAAGUUUUCGCACGCGGCUGACGCGCGCCGAAGAGCCAUCAACGCAGUUCUCUGGGAUGACGACGUCAAGCGUUGGCGAGACAUGGCGUUCAAGCCGCGCCAGGCUGAGGACGCGCGAGCGAUUUAUCGCGAUGUGUGCGAUCUCAAACCGGCUUCUCAGAGCCCUUUCACGAGCGAUUUCACCCCGCUCUGGUGCGGCGCUGCGGACAGAGACAGCGAACGCGCGUACGAAGUCGUCCGAGCACUCAAGGAAUCCAAGCUCGUCACGGAGAACGGUAUCGCGACUUCACGUAUCGAGAGCGGACAGCAGUGGGAUUGGCCCAAUGCCUGGGCACCGACGACGCACAUGAUCGUCGAGGCUAUCCAGAUAUUUGCUCCUAAGGAGGAGGCGUACGCCAAGACUCUCGCGCACGCGUGGAUUCGCACCGCGCACGCGGCUUGGAAAGAGACCGGAUACAUGCACGAGAAAUACGACGUCCGCGCCGACGUCCAUGGUGUCGGCGGAGGCGGAGAGUACGUCCCUCAGCGAGGAUUCGGGUGGACGAACGGCGUGACGCUCCGUCUGAUGUCGCAGUACGGCUUCCCAUGCGGCGACGAGCGAUGA